AUGACUACCCCACUGCUGCUUUCCCACCAUGUAACAUUACUGAGAGAUGGAAUUUUAAAUAAAACUCCCGUGUUAUCGGACAGCAGCAAGAUGAACUUCACACCUUUUCCCGGGUUCACCACCGGGUCAUUGCCCACGGGGGCUGUUCACCAGUUCACCACCAAGUUCGCGCAAAACAUCACUGCUGGAGGACAGGUGGUCGGUGUUUUGUCAGGAGGCGAGGGUGGUGUUCACUACUUGAGACCGGUUGAUCCAAAUGGAUUUACUGUUGCGACCCAGGGUGGAAAUAAUCAACAGCAGCAGAUUAUAACACUACCUAUCACAGUACCUGGCAAAGAUGGUACUCAACAACAGCAGACCGUCCAAAUUCAAGUAGUAAAUCCAACAGUCACCCAGGGUGGCAAUAGCGCUGACCAGCCCAAGUAUCACAUCGCUCCGAUUUCCCUGAGCCAGUUCCCUCAAGGCGCUGCUACUGUUUUAACAGUCGCGUACAUAGUGACGAGUACGGCGCAGCAGACUAUCCAGCAAGCAGUUCAACUACCAAAUACCCCCGAAGGUCUCACAGUUGUGGCUCAAAUUCCUCAAGAUUUAAUUUUACGAGAAGCUAUUGACUCUAAAGACGAUAUUAAGGAGGGUACAACCCCGGUAGCUUUGAUAAAACGCGCCAAUGUUAAGAACCAAGGUAACCAGAGCGGGGAUGAAUAUAUCACGUCUAUGCCAGCAACAUGGCAGAGUUUAGCAGCACCAGGCUCUGCAGUGGCAGACUAUCUCUCUCGACUACCAACGAGCACUCUUCCACUGAACUUGCACCAUUUUCUGAAGUUUUCCGCAGAGACGAUAAAACGUGAGUCGACUAUUGAGUCGAGUCCGCUCGGAGCUGACGGGCUGGAGGCGGGUAGCGCGGGCGCUGGUGACCAAACUGUACAAAUUACAGUUGCCAGUGGCGAGACUGAAAUAAUUCCUGAUGUUCCUGAGGAGCAAGAGUCUGGUACCAAGCCCAAAAGGAAGAAGAAGUACAAGAAGAAGCCACCCAAGCCCAAGAAGCCCAAGCCUGGCCAGGUCAGCAUUGUAACCGCUCUUGAUGGUACCACGCUCUUCUGUUGUCCGCAGUGCAACAUGGCGUAUCCUGAAAAGGAGUUGCUUGAACAGCAUCUCAUUGGUCACAAGAUUGAACGGAGAUUUAUCUGUGACAUCUGCGGCGCUGGAUUGAAGCGCAAGGAACAUCUGGAGCGCCACAAGUUGGGUCACAAUCCCGAUCGGCCGUUCAUCUGUUCUGUGUGCAUGAAAGGAUUCAAACGAAAAGAGCAUUUAAAUUUACACUUUGUUAUUCACUCUGGACAGAAGACAGAGGUUUGUACCGAGUGUGGAAAAGCUUUUUACCGCAAAGACCAUUUGAGGAAACACGCGAGAUCCCACUUGGCCAAACGAGCGAAGGAAGACCCGCUUAAUACCGGUGACAAUACUCAGACUCAGCAGCAAAAUGAACAAUCUCCACAAAAUCAGCAGGUUGAUAUGCAGCAGCAGACUACGUUACCCGAGCUUCAACAAAUUCAAAUUCAAGUUGGCCAAGGGUCACAAGCUCAGAUUCACCAGAUCGCUGUCUCGGAACAGUCUACUGUUAGAGAGAGUAACCAGUCGGGAGUGGAGAAUUAUUAUAUAUACAGCCCGGCAGUAGAUUCGGGUAUUUUCGGCGUUGGCACAUCGUCGAUAGGGAGAAGACGAGUUAGUCACUUUCCUGCUACAAUCCCUAGUAUUCAUCAGUUUACUGCUGACGGUACUAGUGGAAGCACUGCUAGGUAUGCUAAUCACUUUCCGAAUCAGCCUCCGAUCGGGGUACCGGUUGUCGGAAAGUAUCGCUCCGAAAUAAAUGGCAGUCAGACUGGACAGAGCCAGGGGAUGAUUAGUAAUAAAACUGCUUAUUCGAAUAGUAAUGUACAUUCUCAUUAUGCCAAUGUACCCUAUUCACAAGCACAGUCUGAAAAAAAGUCAGAAGAGCAGCAGAGAAAUACUGGUGACUCGGCCAGUACAAAUGAUAGUGGCCAGCAAGACUACUCGUCGAUCCACCAGCAUCAUCAGCAACACGCUCACACCCAGACACCAGCCUCAAUGCCGGCAACCUGGCAAUCGCUGGCGACUCCUGGAUCGACAGUCGCGGAUUACUUGAGCCACCUUCCAGCAAGUACGUUGCCGUUGAGUUUGCACCAUUUUUUAAAAUACUCCGCCGAGAGCAUAAAAAAAGAGUCUGAGAUGCAAGCACACACGACCUCGGUGGCAGUCGCUACGACGACCACACCGAAUAUCAUGAUGUCGCCUACCACCAAGAAGAAGAAAAAGAAGAAAGUACCAAAGGAAAAAAAGCCCCGACCAAAACCUGGAGAAAUACGAUUGACUACUGCUCUUGAUGGCUCGACUCUCUACUGCUGUCCAGAGUGUCAUAUGGCCUAUCCCGAACGUGAGCUUCUUGAGCAGCAUCUCCUGGGUCAUACUCUCGAGCGUCGGUUUGUCUGUGAUAUCUGCGGCGCUGGGCUUAAACGUAAAGACCAUCUCACUCGUCAUAAACAGAGCCACAACCCGGAGAGACCUUAUGUUUGUACUGUUUGUCUGAAGGCUUUCAAACGAAAGGAACAAUUGACUUUGCAUUUCGUUAUACACUCUGGGGAAAAAAGGCAUGUUUGCACCGAAUGUGGUAAAGACUACCAGCAGCCAUCAGACGCACCAUCAUCAUCAUCUCGCGGCAGUCAAUGCCGCGGCUCAUCAAGCAGCUGUCGGCGUCCACGCUGCUACGUCUAG